CAUCACUACAAACAGAACCGGGGCUGAGCUGCGGCGGGAUGUGUGUAGGAGAGGAUGGAUGAUGAUCCUGGUGAAACCCUGUUGAAGGGAUCAGCAAGAGGAGGCACUGAAAAUGGUGCAGAUCCACCAGGAGCUCUGCAGGAAGAAGAAGCGUCUCAGGAGACCGAGUCACCGAAGCAGGUCACAGAAACCUCCCUUGAGAGGACGCAAGGUGACCUGGGGCCUAUGGAUGUGGUGCAAGCAGACUGUGCUGCUCCCGAGGCACCGCCUGAAGAGAGCGAGCUGCGCACCACGAUUUCACAUGAUGCCGUAGCUGACGUCCUGGAGACGCCAUCCAACGAACAAGAAGAAGCCACAGAAAUACUGGAGGAUGCGGAUCACGGUGAACAGCUUCCCCCAGCAGAGGCUCAGCCUGAGAGCAUGGCUCCCACUGUGCUGUCGAGCCCUGUCAGCAGGGAGCAGGUGUGUGACGCUGCUGAGCUCCCAUCCGAGGGGAGAGCAGAAGAACCUGCAGAAACGACGGGGACAUCGGAGGGUACGGGACCAGACGAAGAGCUGACUCCUGCGGAGCCUCCACCAGGGAGCGAGAGGCUGACACCUCCACGCCCCACCAGCAGCGAUCAGGAAAUGCAGCAGCUGGGUCAGGAAGCCCAAGAAAGUCACCAGAAAGGUCUGGGAGGCGAAGACCAGGGGAGCUCAGUGGAGCAGGAAUCCCGGAGCAGUGAAGGAGGUGCUGUCAUGGGCCAGGAAGAGGAGAGGGCGUCAGCGGUGUCCUCAGCCACUCCAGGCUUGUUGUUUGAAGAGCAGAAGCAUGAGAAAACACAUCCGCUUAGCUUGUCUUGGGCCUUUGGUUACAACAGCAAACUCCCUGUUUACAGCCUGCUCGAUGAGGAGAACAGGGUGAUCCUGUACGCUUCCGCUCACACUGCUGUGAUCCAUGAUGUUUUCAGGAAUAGGCAAUAUCACCUGCAGGGUCACUCAAAUUCUAUUUCUUGUCUGUGUGUGAGUGUAGACAAGCGGUGGAUUGUGACAGCCGACCAAGGACCUGAUAACCUGGUUAUUGUGUGGGACGCUUUCUCUGGGAUUCCUGUGCACACUAUAUUCGGCCAUCCAGGAGAUGGGGUCAGUGCUAUUGCUAUUUCCCAUGAUGCUAAGUAUUUGGCAACCAUCGGUGCUGGCAAAAUACAGAGAGUGUGCAUUUGGAAGUGGACUUCGUCUGAAGAGAAACCCCAGUGUAGCAUAGAGCUGGAGCCCAGAUUUGGGUACCAGAACUACAUUACUUUCAAUCCAAAAGAUCAUGGAGAGUUUGUCAGUAACAGUAAAACUCAAGUGAUAUUUUACCUGUGGGACAGUGAUGGGUUGCGGUACAGUGCCCCUCUUCUAACUGACAGAACGUUCAACAAGGUGGUAGGACUCUUCAGUCAGUCCAUUUUCCACUUUAAGAACUUGCAAGCUCUGACGGGCACUUCAGGUGGGAAGCUGGUGGUGUGGGAUGCAGUCUGCCCGCCGUCCGGGCCUGCUGACUUGUCCGUCAAGCCAUAUAAUAUGAAGGCUAUUAAACUGAUGCACCUGCAGAAAGAUGCCCUCACUGUGCUUACAGUAUCUGACAGCUAUUUUGUAAUGUGUGAUGUCAAAGGUCACAUCAAAUUCUACGACGGCCAGCUGCAGCUUGUGAACUGGUACAGCCACUUCAACCUGGGGCCCAUCCACUCCAUUUCCUUUUCCAAAAGCCCUCCCAAUCCCGGUAGCUGCCGCUCAAACUACUCCAGUUCUUGCACCAUAGGUGGCCAGCCCUUUAUUGUCAGGAAUUUUAUCCUCUCCACGUUGGAUGCGACUGUGCUGCAUGUUACGCCGGAGGGAACCAAGCUGGAGAAAUUGUUGGAGGAGGCCAAGGAAGCUGUUAAUGCCAUCUCUUGCCAUCCUACCCAGCCGCUUCUUGCCAUAGGAAGUCACUGUGGGCUGCUGAAGGUGUGGGACUACCAGCAAACCCAGUACUUCAUUAGCAGAAUAUUUACUGGGGCCAGCAUCCAGUGUCUGUCCUAUGACCCAGAAGGUUCUUCCCUGGCGGCUGGUUUUACUGAUGGAAGCCUUCGCAUCCUUGAUAGUAUUUCUCUGGACGAUGACUGUAAAGAGUUCAAGUACUCGAGAGGCUCGCUGACUCAUCUUUGCUUCUCCCAUGACUCCCAGUAUCUUGCAACUGCUGAUGAAAAAUUCUCAGUGACCAUUUACAAAGUAACCCUGAGAAAUGGCAGGAGGUCCUGGGAACAUCUUGCAGGGCUUCACGCACACUACAAGCCAAUUCGAAGUGUAAUAUUUGGUGUCCAGUUGGACAGCAGUGAACCCAGGCUCUUAAGCCUUGGGGAGGACAGACUGUUGGUGGAAUAUGAUCUGGGCAGCAGCAGCAAAGAUCAGCUGGUGAUCCUGCGAAGGGACCACAUCGAGCAGUGCGCCAUCCCCUUGUCUUUGGCCUGGUACCCGCCCUUCACGACAGAAUCCUUCAUCCUCACGACUAACAAUCAGUACAAAAUGAAGCUCUAUAAUGCAACGACCAAAAUGUGCAGAAAGACACAUCUGGGACCAACCUAUGGUUCCCCUCUUGAGAAGAUACAGAUCCUUCCGGUAACAGAAAGUCAGGAUCCUCAGAAGCGAUACCUGGCCUAUAUUGCAAAAGAUAAGGUGGGUCUGCAGAUUUUGCCUGUGGAUGGUAACCCGCACAAGUCCUCAGCUUUCAUCUGCCACCCGGGAGGUGUCUCCAACCUUGCUAGUUCCUAUGAUGGAUGCUAUGUCUUUACAGCUGGGGGUAAUGACCUCACCGUGAUGAAGUGGGAAAUUAAUUUGAAUGCUUUGGAGGCUGCUGUUUCCCUGGGUGGUGAGGAUUUGAUCCCAUUCUACAACCUGCUGGAUGGUGGCAGAGACGGCGAAUUCUUCAGGGAGCUGGAGGACUAUUUUUACUAUGCACAGCUGCGGAGCCAGGGCAUCGAUACAAUGGAGACCAGACAGGUGUCAACCCACAUUCCCUUGGAGGAAGUUCCUUUUGUAAUGCGAGCCAUGGGGUAUUAUCCAUCAGAGGAAAAGAUUGAAGAUAUAAUAAAUGAAGUAAAAUUCAGUGAGUACGUGGCUACUGGGAAGCAGGUUACCAAAAUCAAUUUGGGAGAUUUUAUCAAACUCUACAUAAAUCAUCGACCAGCAUUUGGCUUGUCGGUUAAAGAAAUACAAAGUGCCUUUCAAGUUCUUGGCUAUGAAAAUGAGAACGGAGAAAAAGUUAUUAAGAGAGGAGACUUGCUACAGCUGCUUCAGUGUAGAGGGGAGCACAUGACAGAGGAGGAACUGGCAGAGUGUCUUUCCACCCUGCUGGGCAUGAAUCCUGAGGGAGGAAGAUCUGAGCUAGGUACUUGUGACCCCACAGGUGCAGCAGGUUUGAUUGAAGAAGAAAUUCCAGAGGAAAUCACAGCAGAGAUAUUCACUGCUGACAUUCUUGGCUUACCUAUUCCUGAACCAGAAAAAAACAGACUAGAAAAAACAGAUGGACGCAUUAGCAGUGAAAGGUCUGGAAAGGUAUAAUUGCCAUGGCGUUCGUAGUUUCCUUGUAUUUUUUUUUUAAGAAAUAAAGAGAAUUUCAGGUGUAUGGAAUUCCAGGGGAUCCUAUCAGAUCGGUGUUAUCAAGAGAUUAGAAAUACUCCCAAAGACUGGCCAAACAGCACUGCGGCUUGGGUGGCUGAUCAAGAGGACGUGGCUUGCUCUGUGCGCAGGGUAGGAAACACCCAGUAAACGCCCUGAAAGACGCAAAAUCAGGAAGGGUUAAAUGAACGUGCGGCUAACGCCAGCAUCGUAGUUUCCAUUGCCGGUGCCUCUCCAAGGGGUGACACUGCGGUCCUGCUCCCAGACCAUCCAAGCCCGUUAGAGAUGCAUCGGUUUCAGGGAGAAGGAAACCUGAACCGGUGUAGUUGCUUUAUGCCAUUAAUAAUCCUCCUUCCCAAGAGGGUUCUUCCUGUGCCUGGUAAUGCUGGUGUCAAGGCAGGUUUACAUCAGGGCUCAGCGCGAAGCUUCGGUAAUGUAUUCCAGUCUCAGCACGUUAAAGUUUGUUCACAAAAAACGGGCUGUCAAAUAGCAAUUAAUAAGUACAGUAUCUGAUGAUAUGCAUUGAUAAGUGCAGUAUACGUUACGCCUGGAUGGUUAAUUAGACGCAGAUCCAACAAAUCUCAGUCGAAGGAAGCGCAUUCUAUUUAGGGACGAUGAUUAAAAAUUGAGUUUCCUUUUUUUGCUCCUUCGACUUUGUUUUUCUCUCUGGAAAUGUUAAUUCUAAUUAGCCGUGUAAUACCAAUGGGACAGCAUCUUACUCGGUGUGUGUGUAUAAACAGCAUAAUGAAGCUGAUGCAAGUUGCUGUAGAAAGAUUCAGUGAAGAGCUGUUGAGCACAUUUCCUUCUUUACAUCAUCCUCGGCAUCAAUUUGAAUAAUGUAGACCCUUGUGAAGUGUUCCUUUCAGCCGCGCUGCUUGUAGGAUGGAGAUUAGCGCUGGAUCGAGCAGAAAGAGCAGGCUAUAAAGGGUGUCGUUUGCUUUCCAGCCGCCGUGUAACGAAGGGUCCGAUAGUGCAGGGAUGUGAUACUAGAAAGGCGUCACUUUGCAUGACUCCCCCCCUGCCCUCUUUAUUGAUGUCUCCCCCCGUUCACUGAUCCUAUUGAUGUCUGCUGGCCCCUUUAUCAGUGCCAUUGAUGUUUCCCGUUUAUCGAUGCCAUUGAUGUCUCCCGUCCCCUUUAUCGAUGCCAUUGAUGUCUCCCGUCCCCUUUAUCGAUGCCAUUGAUGUCUGCCUCCCCUUCAUUGAUGCCAUUGAUGUCUCCUGUCCCCUUCGUUGAUGCCAGUGAUAUCUUCCCCCUCUUAAUUGAUGCCAUUGAUGUCUCUUGUCCCCUUCGUCGAUGCCACUGAUGUCUACCCCACACUUUAUUGAUGUCUACCCCCCUUCAUCGAUGGCAUUGAUGUCUACCUCCCCCUGUAUCGAUGCCUAUAUGGAUAAAUGACGCUAUCGACACACACAUAUGCAUAAACGUCUCUCCCCGUGCCUCGCGUCAGGUCCUCGGUGGCUCUAAAUCGCCGCGAGUCCGCCGUCUCGGCGGUGUCGAGGCGUGUCUCUGACCCAGCACCGGUUGCAAAGUCUGCGGCGGGGUGCGCGCCGCACUCCCGGUCGCACACUGCCGGCCCUCGGCCUCCGUGCCAGUCGCAUGGCACAAGUGGCACCCCCGCACCGGGGCAGUAAGCACGGUGGUCAGGGACGAGCGUGGACCCUGCUCUGUGGUGUGAGGGUCGGGGCAGGGGCCACCUCAGGCGUGGCGGGCGCCCGUGUUUUGGGGCUCGAGGCCCAGGCCCGGCUGGGUGCCUGAGGCGCGGCGCGGCGCGAGCGGG